ACAAUGCAACCAGCGGUAGCCGUUUCUAGGAUUUCAUCGAAUCAACAAUGGCGGCCUCUUGUCGGUUUCUAAUGGCUAAAAAACCGCGCUGAUUUUAUCCGAUUUAUUCUGAAAGCUAAAUUGUUAUCAUGGCAUUCCAGCUUACCAAGCUCAGCCAGCAGGAGGCUCGAAAGAUCUUGGAAUCUGCUAAUUUGCCCGGUACAAUCAACAGAGAUUUGAAGUUUGCAAUCUCGUCGAAGUCUGAAAGAUUGGAAGCUCUAAAGGAUAAAAAGGACUCUGCAGAUGCAAGGACUGCUGCAGCGAUAGAGGUUCAGAGAGUAUGGAGGGGCUACUAUGCAAGAUGCAAGUUGUUUGGCAUCCUCCACCCAAGCGUCAGCUCCAUGAAGACAAUCGAGGAGACCACGUUCCUCCCGAGCAUUGGCCGAAUGAGCACUGUGCGCACCGCCACCCCUAACCCUCCCCACCCCACCCCCCAGACGGCCCAGGUGUCCCCCCUGUUGGCAGACAAGUACAAGAAAUACUGUGAGAAAAAGAUUGCAUCGGAAGGAGAGUCCACCUUGCUUAUGAUGUUUACAGAAUUUUGUGCAAAAAUAAUUCAAGACUGGUGGAGACAGCUUCAGUUACACCCCAUUCCAACCUACCCGGCCCCUCCCCCUCCAACAACCAGGGGGGAGAUGACGACCGCCACACCCGCAACACAACAGCCAACACCUUAUGAAUCAUCACCUACACCAGAGGUGGCAUCCACUGGUCGUGCCACGACUGUUUCACGGGACAGCAGAGCUUUUGAUCGACAUGAGGCUGCCAGGGUUAUUCAGAGGACAUGGAGAAAACAUAUUGACAUCCAAGUGUACAGAUAUUAUAGAGAUUUGAUCAGCUUCAGGAACAGAGGGGACCCUUCUCUUAUGCUGAGGUGUAUUAACCCCCGAGAGGCCGCGCUGCUGGAGGCUGGGGCAGGAGUUCAUAUCAAGUUCCGUCUGGCUGGGGAAAGAUUCCCACCAAACAUCUACUACAAGAUUUUCACCCAUCGAAACGUGGCAGACAUCGGGGCGUUUGCUCCAAGAAACUAUACUGAUGCAGAUAACUUGAAGCUACCCCCAGAAUAUAUACACAACAAACAUGACUUAGGCUCACAGAGAGUGACGAUCAGUUGUUAUCAGCGAUGGGAGAACAACGGAUGGCGCCUUGUAUCUGACAGGCUCGUGAAGAAAGCCGAUCAAGAUCCAGUAGUUUACGAGUCGACUCAAAAGAGCACAGCGUUCCAUCAUAGUAAAUUCCAAAGAAAGGCUGACCUGGAAAAAAAGAGGAAAAAGCGUAAAAUUGAAUGGAUGAAGAAAAUGUACAAACAGGGCAUGCUGCAAGCCAAGAAAGACCAAGACCCCGAUACUCAGACCAUCAUAGAAACAGUGGCGCACGGGAUGGUAAACGCCGCGGAGACACGUGGUACCGAUGCCGUGGAGGACUGGGAAGUAGACGAACUGCUGGAAUGGACCAGCGGGCUCAACUUUGAUGAGUAUCUCACUAAUUGGAAGGAAUAUGCUACGAGUUCUGGUUCCGAAUUCCUAUCAGCACAAACGACGUUUCUUCCGGACGAUCCGUUCUCUCUUACGCUCGUCAGCUGAAGUCAUUUGUUCCAGUGAAGCUUAAUCACGCAUGCUCGCAAUGCUGCCGCUGACAAGGAAGGAUAUGGCCGCUCCAUAAUGGAGCCCGUUUGAAGGGUUGAAUUUUGUGUGUAUGAUAUUAUAUAUUCCUUGUAAAUAGAUUUGAGCUAGAGUUUUAUAUAAAAUAAAUUGUGAAUAUUGA